AUGGUUAUUAAUGAAAAAGAUAAACUAGCGGAACAAAAUUUAGAAACGUUAGAUGUGACUAAAUUAACACCAUUAAGUGAAGAUGUAAUAAGCAGACAAGCUACGAUAAAUUUAGGCACAAUAGGGCAUGUCGCACAUGGUAAAUCAACAUUGGUACAUGCUAUAUCAGGAGUUCAUACUGUUAGAUUUAAACAUGAAAAGGAAAGAAACAUUACUAUAAAAUUAGGAUAUGCUAAUGCAAAAAUAUAUAAAUGCACAAACCCAGAUUGCCCACCACCUGAAUGCUAUAAAUCUUAUGAAAGCAGCAAAGAGGAUGAUCCUAUGUGCCCUCGUGAAAAUUGCAAUUCUAAAAUGAAAUUAUUAAGGCAUGUAUCUUUUGUUGAUUGCCCAGGGCACGAUAUUUUAAUGGCUACUAUGUUAAACGGUGCAGCUGUUAUGGAUGCAGCACUUUUAUUAGUGGCAGGUAAUGAAUCAUGCCCACAACCUCAAACAUCUGAGCAUUUGGCUGCUGUUGAAAUUAUGAGAUUAAAGCACAUAUUAAUUUUACAAAAUAAAGUAGAAUUAAUAAAAGAAGAACAAGCAUUAAAACAACAAGAAGAAAUUCGAAAUUUCGUUUCAGGUACAGCUGCUGAUAGUGCACCUAUUAUACCUAUUAGUGCAGUUUUAAAAUAUAAUAUAGAUGUAGUAUGCGAAUAUAUAGUUACUCAAAUUAGUAUACCAAGAAGAGAUUUUAUUUCAUCACCACAUAUGAUUGUUAUUAGAUCUUUUGAUGUUAAUAAACCUGGUGAAGAUAUUGAAGGAUUACAAGGUGGUGUAGCAGGUGGUAGUAUUUUACAUGGAGUAUUAAAAGUAGGGGAUCAAAUUGAAAUUAGACCCGGUAUUAUAUCAAAAGAUGAAAAGGGAGAAAUUACUUGCAGACCAAUUAUUUCCAAAAUAUUAUCUAUGUUUGCUGAGAAUAAUAAUUUAAAAUAUGCUGUGCCAGGUGGAUUAAUUGGUGUAGGUACACGAAUCGAUCCAAUUCUUACACGAGCUGAUCGUUUAGUUGGUCAGGUCAUUGGUCAUUUAAAUAAAUUGCCUGAUUGUUUUGCAGAAAUUGAAAUUUCUUAUUAUUUACUAAGAAGAUUAUUAGGUGUAAAAUCACAAGAUGGUGAAAAAAAUACAAAAGUUGCCAAACUCAAAAAUGGAGAAUUCUUAAUGAUUAAUAUUGGAUCAACAUCUAUUGGAUGCAGAGUUAUGGGUAUCAAAAAUGAACUAGCCAAAUUGGAGCUAACAGGGCCAGUAUGCACAAAAAUCGGAGAUAAAAUUGCUCUUAGUAGAAGAGUAGAUAAGCAUUGGCGUUUAAUUGGAUGGGGUCAAAUCAAUAAAGGAAAGCCCUUAGAUCUUCAGGAGCCAAUUUGA